GCAGUUUGUGAGGAAAGGAGGCGGCGGCGGCGGGAAGAGAGAGCGAGCGCAGACCUCCUUCGCGGCCCGGCCUCUCUUUCCGCGGAGGGCUGCGCCUGGGGUCGCUGCGUGGACGCCCAUUGGAGCGAUGAAGGAAAGCAUCCAAGACAAGAAGUAUUGGGGGCCCUCCCCCGGCCUCCCCGACCCCAUAGGACACCCAGACCAAUUUUGCCGGCCUUCCCGGGAAUGGCGGGACCCAGAGCACCAACAAGGCAGCUGCUUCGAAGGGAGCCGGCACCUGGCCUGCGUCCAGAAGCCCCUCCCCAGUUUCAACCCCUUGUCCUCCAGCAGUGAUGAGGAACAACGCGAGGGCCGAUGGGAUCUCUCCCGCGUCUCCAGCUGGGGGGUGGCGAGGGCCCCUUCGGCAUUCUCCCGGCACAAAGCCCCCCAGGGGAAGUUGGGCAGGAGUGGCGGGCAGGGGGCCUGGCCUUUCCACAUCGCCCAGGCCCGACGGCGCCCGCAGCUCCUGGGGACCUCCAGACAUUGUUUCCGCCGUAAGCGACAACAAGCGCUGCGCGCCUUCCGCAUGUUCCUGUACUCCAAGAGCUCCCUGGCUUUCCACUGGAAGCUGUUGGGCAAGAUGGCCACCAAGGGACGCCGGCGGGGAGGGGCCAAGCGGUCCCGGUCUUCCAUGUCCCCCACCCCCGGCUCCCAGCCCGAUGACAGCCACCUGCCCGUCUUUAAGAAAAGCUGCCCUUUGGGAGUGGAGGCAGAGGACUGCCAAAGCGCGGCCAAGGGCCGGCCCCACCCUUCUGAGCCCCACCUGGACUACGCCUUGGGCGGAGCCUUCCCCCUGUCUCCAUCCACUCCUCAUCACUCCCGCCUCGGCCUGCUGGGGACCCUGAUGGACAAGGCGUCCCCCUAUCCUCAGUACAUGGAGCUCCAGCGGGUGAGCUUCGAGAAGGAGCCUGGCGUGAUGGAAGUCGGGGUGGAAGAACCGGCCGCCCUGCUCAAAUACCCGGCCCGGGGGGUUCAAGUGUCCCCCAGGACUAGGAAGAUGGGAGAGCCUCAGCACGACCUGGACAGAGAUGGAG